AUGACCUGGCUCUCAGCUGCUCUGCUGGCCCUGGCCCCAUGUGCCCUUUCCCAGGUGCAGCUGGCAGCGUCCGGCCCUGGAGUGGGGCAGGUCUCCGAGCCCCUCACGCUCACCUGCGCGGUCUCGGGUGGCUCCGUCACUGCUGAUUACUGGGACUGGUACCGGCAGCUUCCCCGGGGAGCGCUGGACGGGCUGGGGGAGAUUGACUGGUACAACUCGCGGUGGCGCGUACGCUACGCCCCGUCUGUCCAAGGCCGAGUCACCCUCUCCGCGGAUUCCUCCAAGAACCAGGUCUCCCUGCUGCUCCGCUCGCUGACAGCUGCGGACACCGCCACCUAUUACUGCGCCAGGAGAGACACAGUGACACAGAGACAGGGACCCGUGAGUGAGCACUGGGGGGGCCGGUCCCCGGCAGAGCUGGGGGGCUCAGUGGGAAGUUUAGACUCACCCCCCCCCUCUAUUUCAGGUGCCCUUUCCCAGGUGCGGCUGGUGGAGUCCGGCCCUGGGGUGGGGAAGGUCUCCGAGCCCCUGGCGCUGACCUGCGCUGUCUCCGGGGAAUCGAUAGCGAGCAGCGAUUACCUGUGGUACCGGAUCCCGGCGUCUGCAGAGGCAGGGCUAGAAUACCUGGGCGUUAUCACCCGGUCCGGGACCCCGUUCCCGGCCCAGUCCCUCCGGAACCACCUCACCAUCUCCAGAGACACCGCCAAGAGCCAGGUCUCCCUGCAGCUGCUGUCCCUGAGAGCUGCGGACUCCGCCGCCUACCACUGCGCCAGGCGAGAGGCACAGCGACACGGACACGGGGGGGCUGGGACAAAAAGGGGGGUGAAUGUCACAGGCACUUUCGGGGCAGUUGGAGGCCGAGGGAGAGACCAGCUGAGAGAGGCGCAUCCCUCCGGGGCAGAGAAGGGACCGAAACUCAAAGCCGGUGGGUUGGACCCCCAGCCCAGCCCGGCUCUGCGGCUAUUCCAGCGGGCACCAAACCCGGGCAAGGUUACCGCGCAUGAAGAAGCGGAUUGA